AUGACUUUCCCACCUGUCUCCUUCAAUCGCCUCCUUCUGUCUGCUAAUCAUCAUCAUCUGUCUCCUUCCAUCGUUUCCACCUGUCUCCUUCAAGCAUCAUUAUUGUCACUUCAAUCGCCUCCUUCUGUCUGCUUCAAUCAUCAUUUCCUGUCUCCUUCAAUCAUUUCCCACCUGUCUCCUUCCGCAUCAUUAUCUGUCACUUUCAAUCGCCUCCUUCUGUCUGCUUCAAUCAUCAUCUCCUGUCUCCUUCAAUCGUUUCACCUGUCUCCUUGUGCAUCACUUUCAAUUAUCAAUCUGUCUUCAAGUCUCAUUCAAUCAUUUUCCACCUGUCUCCUUCAAGCAAUCAUCUUCUCCUGUCUCCUCUCCAAUCGUUUCCACCUGUCUCCUUCAAGCAUCAUUAUCUGUCACUUUCAAUCGCCUCCUUCUGUCUUCAAUCAUCAUCUCUGUCUCCUUCAAUCGUUCCCUGAAUCCUUCAAGCAUCAUUGUCACUUUCAAUCCUCCUUCUGUCUUAGCUUCACACCAUUGUCACUUUCAAUCGCCUCCUUCUUCUGCUUCAAUCAUCUUCUCCUGUCUCGUUUCAAUCGUUUCCACCUGUCUCCUUCAAGCAUCAUUUGUCACUUUCAAACGCCUCCCCUUCUGUCUGCUUCAAUCAUCUUCUCCUGUCUCCUUCAAUCGUUUCCACUCUCCUUCCAAGCAUCGUUGUCACUUUCAAUCGCCUCCUUCUGUCUUAGCUUCAUCAUCAUCUCCUGUCUCCUUCAAUCAUUUUCCACCUGUCCUUCAAGCAUCAUUGUCACUUUCAAUCGCCUCCUUCUGUCUUGCUUCAAUCAUUAUCCUCCUGUGUCUCCUUCAAUCGUUUCCACCUGUCUCCUUCCAAGCAUCAUUAUCUGUCACUUUCAAUCGCCUCCUUCUUCUGCUUCAAUCAUCAUCUCUGUCUCCUUCAAUCAUCUUCUCCUGUCUCCUUCAAUCGUCUCCUUCGCUUUCAUCAUCAUCUGCCUUCAAUCUUUCCACCUGUCUCUCAAGCAUCAUUAUUGUCACUUUCAAUCUUCUCCUUCUGUCUUAGCUUCAAAUCAUCUUCUCUGUCUCCUUCAAUCAUUUUCCACCUGUCUCCUUCAAGCAUCAUUGUCACUUUCAAUCGCCUCCUCCUUCAAUCAUCUUCUCUGCUUCCAAUCAUCGUUUCCUGUCUCCUUUCAUCUUUUCCCCCCUGUCUCCUUCCAAGCAUCAUUAUCUGUCUCCUUCAAUCGUUCCUCCUUCUGUCUGUCACUCAAUUAUGCUUCCCAUCUUCUCUGUCUCCUUCAAUCGUUUCCACCUGUUUCCUUCAAGCAUAAUUGUCUUUCAAUCGCCUCCUUCUGUCUGCUUCAUCAUCAUCUCUAUCUCCUUCAAUCGUUUCCACCUGAAUCCUUCAAGUCAUCAUUGUCAAUCUGUUUCAUCAUCUCUGUCUCCCCUUCUGUCUGCUUCAAAUCAUCAUCUCCUUGUCUCCUUCAUUCGUUUCCCACCUGUCUCCUUCAAGUCAUCAUUAUCUGUCUCCUUUUCAAUCGUCUCCUUCCUUCUGUCUCCUUCAAGCAUCAUUGUCACUUUCUCCUGUCCUUCUCCUUCAAUACUUUCCCCUGUCUCCAUUUCAAGCAUCAUUGUCACUUUCAAUCGCCUCCCUUCUGUCUGCUUCCAAUCAUCAUCUCCCUGUCUCCUUCAAUCGUUUCCACCCUGUCUCCUUCAAAGCAUCAUUGUCUUUCAAUCGCCUCCUUCUGUCUGCGCUUCAAUCAUCUUCUCCUGUCUCCUUCAAUCGUUUCCACCUGUCUCCUUCAAGCAUCAUUGUCACUUUCAAUCGCUUACUCCUUCUGUCUUCAAUCAUCUUCCUUCAAUCAUCAUUUCUCCUGUCUCCUUCAAGCAUCAUUUUCCAACCUCCUUCAACAAUCAUCAUUUUGUCUCCUUCCAAUCGUUCCACCUGAAUCCUUCAAGCAUGUUGUCUUUCAAUCGCCUUCAAUCAUCAUCUCCUGUAUCUCUUCAAUCGUUUCCACCUGUCUCCUUCAAGCAUCAUUGUCACUUUCAAACGCCUCCUUCUCUCUGCUUCAAUCAUCUUCUCCUGUCUCCUUCAAUCGUUUCCACCUGUCUCUUCAAGCAUCAUUGUCACUUUCAAUCGCCUCCUGUCUGCUUCAAUCAUCUUCUCCCUGUCUCCUUCCAAUCGUUUCCCUGUCUCCUUCAAGCAUCAUCAUCUGUCUUUCAAUCUCCUCCUUCUGUCUGCUCCAAUCAUCAUCUCCUGUCUCCUUCAAUCAUUUCCACCUGUCUCCUUCAAGCAUUAUUAUCUGUCUUUCAAUCGCCUCAAUCUGUCUCCUUCUGUCUCCUUCAAGCAUCUUUCAAUCAAUCAUCAUCUCCUGUCUCCUUCAAUCGAAUUUCCCACCUGUCUCCUUCAAGCAUCAUUAUCUGUCACUUUCGUCCCUCCCCUUCUGUCUCUUCCAAUCAUCAUCUCUUCUGUCUUUUCAAUCGUUUCCAAUCGCCUGUCUCCUUCCAAUCAUCAUCUCUGUCUCUUUCAAUCAUUCGCCUGUCCUUCUGCGUCAUUAUCUGUCUCUUUCAAUCAAUCUUUCUCCUGUCUCCCUUCAAUCUUUUCCACCUGUCUCCUUCAAGCAUCAUUGUCACUUUCAAUCGCCUCUUUCUGUCUUGCUUCAAUCAUCAUCUCUGUUUCUUCAAUCUUUCACUGUCUCCUUCAAGCAUCAUUAUCUGUCACUUUCAAUGCCUCCUUCUGUCUGCUUCAAUCAUCAUCUCUGUCUCGUUCAAUCCUUCAAUCUCAUCUUCAAUCCUUUCUGUCUCUUCAAUCAUUGUCCUUUCCUGUCUCAUUCAAGCAUCAUUGUCUCUUUCAAUCGCCUCCUUCUGUAUUCACUUCAAUCAUCAUCAUCCUUCAAUCAUCAUCUCCUAUACUUCAAUCGUUUCCACCUGUCUCCUUCAGCAUCAUUAUCUGUCACUUUCAAUCGCCUCCUUCUCCUGCCAAUCAUCAUCAUCUGUCUCCUUCAAUCUUUCCACCUGUCUCCAGCUAAGCAGCAUUAUCUGUCACUUUCAUUCACUUUCUGUCUGACUGUCUUCUGUCUCCUCGAAUCUUCAUCUCCUGUCUCGUUCAAUCGUUUCCUCCCUGUCUCCUUCAAUCAUCAUUGUCACAAUCGUUUCCACCUGUCUCCUUCAUGCAUCAUUGUCCUUCUGUCUGUCUUCAAUCAUCAUCUCUUCGCCUCCUUCUGUCUAGCUUCAAUCAUCAUCUCCUGUCUCCUUCAAUCGUUUCCACCUGAUCCUUCAAGCACCAUUGUCACUUUCAAUCGCCUCCCCUUCUGUCUGCAUCAAUCAUCAUCAUCCUGUCUCCUUCAAUCGUUUUUUCCUGUCUCCUUCAAGCACCAUUGUCACUUUCAAUCGCCUCCUUCUGUCUGCUUCAAUCAUCUUCUCCUGUCUCCUUCAAUCGUUUCCCUGUCUCCUUCAAGCAUCAUUGUCUUUCAAACGCCUCCUUCUGUCUGCUUCAAUGUGUUUCCUGUCUCCUUCAAUCGUUUUUCCUGUCUCCUUCAAGCAUCUCAUUAUCUGUCACUUUCAAUCACCUCCUUCUGUCUGCUUUUCAAUCAUCUUCUCUGUCUCCUUCAAUCAUUUCCACCUGAAUCCUUCAAGCAUCAUUCCCUUUCAAUCGCCUCAAUCUGUGCUCAUCAAUAUCAUCUCCUGUCUCUUCAAUCGUUUCACCUGUCUCCUUCAAGCAUCAUUGUCACUUUUCAAACGCCUCCUUCCAGUCUUGCUUCAAACCAUCUUCUCCUGUCUCCUUCAAUCGUUUCCACCUGUCUCCUUCAAGCAUCAUUAUCUGUCACUUUCAAUCGCCUCCUUCUGUCUGCUUCAUCAUCAUCCUCUCCAUGCAAUCAUUUCUCUCCUUCAAACAUUUCCGUGUCUCCUUCAAAUCAUCAUCAUCUGUCACCUUCAAUCGCCUCCUUCUGUCUCUUUCAAGCAUCAUUAUCUGUCUCCUCAGAUCGCCUCCAUCUGUCUCCUUCCAAGCAUCCAUUGUCUCCUUCAAUCGUUUAUCUACUCCUUCAAGCAUCAAUCAUCAUCUCCUGUCUGCUUCAAUCAUCUUUCAUCCUGUCUCCUUCUCCUUCCAUUAUCAUUGUCUUUCAAUCAACCUCCUUCUGUCUGCUUCAAUCAUCAUCUCUGUCUCCUUCAAUCGUUUCCCUCAUCAUUAUCUGUCUGCUUUCAAUCGCCUCCUUCUAUUCUGCUUCCAAUCAUCUCAUCUCCUGUCUCCUUCAAUCGUUUCCAUGUCUCUCCUUCAAGCAUCAUUGUCACUUUCAAUCGUCUCCUUCUGUCUGCUUCAAUCAUCUUCAUCUGUCUCCUUCAAUCGUUUCCACCUGUCUCUUUCAAGCAUCAUUAUCUGUCACUUUCAAACGCCUCCAUCCCCCUGUCUGCUUCAAUCAUCCUCUCUGUCUCCUUAAUCGUUUCCCACCUGUCUUCCUUCAAGCAUCAUUAUCUGUCACUUUCAUUUCACUCCUUCUGUCUUGCUUCAAUCAUCCUCUCUAUCUCCUUCAAUCGUUUCCACCUGUCUCCUUCAAGCAUCAUUCUGUCACUUUCAAUCCUUAUCCUUCUAAUCUGCUUCCAAUCAUCAUCUCCUGUCUCCUUCAAUCUUUUCCACCUGUCUCCUUCAAACAUCAUUGUCACUUUCAAAUCGCUUCCUUCUGUCUGCUUCAAUCAUCAUCUCCUGUCUCCUUCAAUCGUUUCAUCCUGUCUCCUUCAAGCAUCAUUUAUCCACUAUGUCACUUUCCUCGCCUCCUUCUGUCUGAUUCAAUCUUCAUCUCCUGUCUCCUUCAAUCGUUUCCACUGAAUCCUUUAAGCAUCAUUAUCUGUUUCAAUCGCCUCCUUCUGUCUGAUUCAAUCAUCUUCUCCUGCUCCUUCAAUCAUUUCCACCUGUCUCCUUCAAGCAUCAUUGUCACUUUCAAUCGCCUCCUUCUGUCUUCAAUCAUCUUCUCCUGUCUCCUUCAAUCGUUUCCACCUGUCUCCUUCCAAGCAUCAUUAUCUGUCACUCUUUCAAUCGUCUACUUCUGUCUCCUUCAAUCAUCUUCUCCUGUCUCCUUCAAUCUUUUCCACCUGUCUCCUUCAAGCAUCAUUGUCUGUCUUUCAUCGCCUCCCUUCUGUCUGCUUCAAUCAUCAUCUCCUGUCUUCCUUCAAUCGUUUCCACCUGUCUCCUUCGAGCAUCAUUAUCUGUCACUUUCAAUCGCCGCCUCCUUCUGUCCUUCAAUCAUCAUCUCCUGUCUCUUCCUCCAGAUCUUUUCCACCUGUCCUUCAAGCAUCAUUGUACUUUCAAUCGCCUCUUUUUGUCUUAAUCAUCAUCUCCUGUCUCAUUCAAUCGUUUCCACCCCUGUCUCCUUCCAAAUCAUAUUGUCACUUUUAAACGCCUCCCUUUGUCUUAUUUCAAUCAUCUUCUCCUGUCUCCUUCAAUCGUUUCCCACCUGUCUCAUUCAAGAAUCAUUGUCACUUUCCAAUCCUUGCUUGUCUGCUUCAAUCAUCAUCUCCUCAUCAUUGUCCUUCAAUCGCCUCCCUUCUGUCUGCUUCCAAUCAUCUUCUUCUCAUGUUUCACUUUCAAACGUCUCCUUCUGUCUGCUUCAAUCAUUCUCCUAUCUCCUUCAAUCAUUUCCACCUGUCUCCUUCAAAGCAUCAUUUUCACUUUCAAUCGCCUUCUAUCUCUGCUUCAAUAUUCUCCUGUCUCAUUCAAUCGUUUCCACCUGUCUCCUUCAAGCAUCAUUAGAUCUUUCUGCUCAGUCAUCUUCUCCUGUCUCCUUCAAUCGUUUCCACAUGUCUCAUUCAAGCAUCAUUAUCUUUCUCCCUUCCUUCUGUCUUCAAUCAUCUUCUCCUGUCUCCUUCAAUCGUUUCCACCUGUCUCCUUUAAGCAUCAUUAUUGUCACUUUCAAUCUCCUCCUUCUGUCUGCUUCAAUCAUCAUCUCCCUGUCUCCUUCAAUCGUUUCCACCUGUCUCCUUCAGCAUCAUUAUCUGUCACUUUCAAUCGCCUCCUUCUGUCUGCUUCAAUCAUCUUCUCCAUUUGUCUCCUUCAAGCAUCAUUUCCACCUGUCUCCUUCAAGCCUUCAAUCCAUUUCCUUUCAAUCCCUCCUUCUGUCUGCUUCAAUCAUCUCUCCUGUCUCCUUCGUCGUUUCCACCUGUCUCCUUCAAGCAUCAUUGUCACUUUCAAUCGCCUCCCUUCUGCUUCUCAUCUUUCAUGUCUCAUCAUCCUCUGUCUCCUUCAAAUCAUUUUUUCCCUGUCUCCUUCAAGCAUCUUCUCAUUCCUUCUCGUUUCACCUUUCAUUCCCUCCUUCUGUCUGCUUUAAUCAUCUUCUCCUCAUCAUUGUCUUUCAAUCGCCUCCUUCUGUCUGCUUCAAUCAUCUUCUCCUAUCUCCUUCAAUCGUUUCCUGUCUCUUCAAGCAUCAUUAUCUGUCACUUUCAAUCGCCUCCUUUGUCUGCUUCAAUCAUCAUCUCUGUCUCCUUCAAUCGUUUCCCACCUGUCUCCUUCAAGCAUCAUUGUCACUUUCAAAUCGCCUCCUUCUGCUUUGUCAUCCUUCUGUCUCCGUUUCAUCAUUCCAUCAUUAUCCUGUCUCGCCUCCCUUCAUCAUCAUCUCCUGUCUCCUUCAAUCCUGUGAAUCCUUCAAGCAUCAUUGUCACUUUCAAUCGCCUCCUUCUGUCUGCUUCCAAUCAUCUUCUCCUGUCUCAUUCAAUCAUUUCCCACCUGUCUCCUUCAAGCAUCAUUAUCUGUCACUUUCAAUCGCCUCCUUCUGUCUGCUUCAAUCAUCAUCUCCUGUCUCCUUCAAUCGUUUCCACCUCCUUCAAGCAUCAUUGUCACUUUCAAUCGCCUCCUUCUGUCUGCUUCAAUCAUCUUCUCCUCAAGCAUCUCCUUCAAUCUGCAUCAAUCAUCAUCUUUCCACCUGUCUCCUUCAAGCAUCAUUGUCACUUUCAAUCGUCUCCUUCUGUCUGCUUCAAUCAUCAUCAUCCUGUCUCCUUCAAUCUUUCCACCUGUCUCCUUCAAGCAUCUUUUUCUGUCUGCUUCAAUCAUCUUCGUCUCCUCCUUCUGUCUGCUUUCAAAUCAUCAUCUCCUGUCUCAUUCAAUCGUUUCUUCAACCUGUCUCCUUCAAGCAUCAUUGUCACUUUCAUUCGCCUCCUUCUGUCUGCUUCAAUCAUCAUCUCCUGUCUCCUUCAAUCAUUUCUACCUGUCUCCUUCAAGCAUCAUUGUCACUUUCAAUCGCCUCCUUCUGUCUGCUUCAAUCAUCAUCUCCUGUCUCCUUCAAUCAUUUCCACCUGUCUAGAUUCAAGCAUCAUUGUCACUUUCAAUCGCCUCCUUCUGUCUGCACAAUCAUCAUCUCUGUCUCCUUCAAUCGUUUCCACCUGUCUCCUUCAAGCAUCAUUGUCACUUUCAAUCGCCUCCUUCUGUCUGCUUCAAUCAUCAUCUCCUGUCUCCUUCAAUCUUUUUCCCACCUGUCUCCUUCAAGCAUCAUUUGUCACUUUCAAUCGCCUCCUUCUGUCUGCUUCAAUCAUCAUCUCCUGUCUCCUUCAAUCGUUUCCACCUGUCUCCUUCAAGCAUCAUUAUUGUCACUUUCAAUCUCCUCCUUCUGUCUGCUUCAAUCAUCUUCUCCUGUCUCCUUCAAUCGUUUCCACCUGUCUCCUGCAUCAUUGUCCUUUCAAGCAUCAUUUCUUCAAUCAUCAUCUCACUGUCUCGCCUCCUUCAAUCGUUUCAAGCUAAACAUCAUUGUCACUUUCUCGCCUCCUUCUGUCUGCUUCGUCAUCAUCUCCUGUCUCCUUCAAUCGUUUCCUGAAUCCCUGUCUCCUUCAAACGCUCCUUCUGUCUGUCAAUCUUUCUCCUGUCUCCUCCUCGUUUCCACCUGUCUCCUUCAUCAUCACUUUCAAACGCCUCCUUCUGCUUCAAUGUGUCAUCUCCUGUCUCCCCCUUCAAUGUUUUACCUGUCUCCUUCAAGCAUCAUUGUCACUUUCAAUCGCCUCCCCUUCUGUCUGCUUUCAAUCAUCAUCUCCUGUCUCGUUCAAUCGUUUCCACCUGUCUCCUUCAAGCAUCAUUAUCUGUCACUUUCAAUCACCUCCUUCUGUCUGCUUCAAUCAUCUUCUCCUGUCUCCUUCAAUCAUUUCCACCUGUCUCCUUCAAGCAUCAUUGUCACUUUCAAUAACCUCCCUUCUGUCUGCUUCAAUCAUCAUCAUCUGUCUCAUUCAAUCAUUUCCACCUGUCUCCUUCAAGCAUCAUUGUCACUUUCAAUCGUCUCCUUCUGUCUGCUUCAAUCAUCAUCAUCAUCUGUCUCCUUCAAUCUUUUCCACCUGUCUCCUUCAAGCAUCAUUAUGUCACUUUCAAUCUCCCUCCUUCGACUCUCAUCAUCUCCUGUCUCAAUCGUUUUCCUGUCUCCUUCAAGCAUCAUUAUUGUCACUUUCAUCCUGCCUCCUUCUCGUUCAAUCAUUCUCCUGUCUCGUUCAAUCAUUUUCACCUGUCUCCUUCAAGCAUCAUUUUCUUUCAAUCGCCUCCUUCUGUCUGCUUCAAUCAUCCAUCAUCAUUUCACCUCUCCUUCAUCAUUUCCCACCUGUCUCAGUCUCCUUCUGACCAUCAUUGUCACUUUCAAUCGCCUCCUUCUGUCUGCUUACAAUCAUCAUCUCCCUGUCUCCUUCAAUCGUUUCCACCUGAAUCUUUCAAGCAUCAUUUGUCACUUUCGCCUUACUCCUUCUGUCUGCUUCAAUCAUCUUCUCCUGUCUCCUUCAAUCAUUUCCACCUGUCUCCUUCAAGCAUCAUUGUCACUUUCAAUCACGCCUCCUUCUGUCUGCUUCAAUCAUCAUCUCCUGUCUCCUUCAAUCGUUUUCCACCUGUCUCCCUUCAAGCAUCAUCUUGUCACUUUCAAUCGUUCCCACACCCUCCUUCUGUCUUGCUUCAAUCAUCUUCAUUUCUCUCUCUUCAAUCAUUUCGACCUGUCUCCUUCAAGCAUCAUUUAUCUGUCCUUUCAAUAUUCCUCCCUUCUGUCUCCUUCAAUCAUCUUCUCCUGUCUCCUUCAAUCAAUUUCCAUCUGUCUCCUUCAAGCACCAUUGUCUCCUUUCAAUCACUGUCCUUCCUUCUGUCUGCAAUCAAUCAUCAUCUCUGUCUCCUUCAAUCUUUUCCACCUGUCUCCUUCAAGCAUCAUUGUCACUUUCAAUCGCCUCCUUCUGUCUGCUUCAAUCAUCUAUCUCCAAUCAUCUCCUUCAAUCGUUUCCACCUCAAUCCUUCAAGCAUCCUUUGUCACUUUCAAUCUGUCUCCUUCCUUCUGUCUGCUUCAAUCAUCAUCUCCUGUCUCCUUCAAUCAUUUCCACCAAUCGAAUCCUUCAAACAUCAUUGUCACUUUCAAUCGCCUCCUUCUGUCUGCUUCAAUCAUCAUCUCCUGUCUCCUUCAAUCGUUUCCACCUCCCAUCUUCAAGCACCAUUUCACUUUCAAUGUACCUCCUUCUGUCUGCUUCCAAUCAUCAUCUCUGACCUCCUUCAAUCAUUUCCUGUCCUCCUUCAAGCAUCAUUGUGCCACUUUCAAUCUCACUCUUCCCAUCAUUGUCACUUUCAAUCGUCUUCCUUCUGCUUCAAUCAUCAUCUGUCUCCUUCAAUCUUUUCCACCUGUCUCCUUCAAGCAUCAUUAUCUGUCUAACGCCUCCUUCUGGCACCAGCUAAUCAUCUUAUGUCUCCUUCAAUCUGUUUCCUGUCUCUUCAAGCAUCAUUAUGUCACUUUCAAUCUGCCUCCUUCUGGCUUAGCUUCAAUCAUCAUCUCCUCAUCUAAUCGUUUCCCUGUCCUUUCAUCAUCGCCUCCUUCUGUCUGCUUCAAGCAUCUUCUCCAUCUCCCUUCAAUCAUUUCCACCUGUCUCCCCCAAACAUCGUAUGUCACUUUCAAUCGCCUCCUUCUGUGCCUUCAAUCAUCAUCUCCUGUCUCUUCAAUCGUUUCCACCUGUCUCCUUCAAGCAUUAUUAUUGUCACUUUCAAUCGUCUCCUUCUGUCUGCUUCAAUCAUCAUCAUCUGUCUCCUUCAAUCUUUUCCACCUGUCUCCUUCAAGCAUCAUUAUCUGUCACUUUCAAUCUCCUUCAUCCUUCAAUCAUCAUCCUUCAAUCAUCCUCUCAUCAUUGUCACCUUCAAUCGCCUCCUUCUGUCGUUUCAUCAUCUCUGUCAAUCGUUUCAAGCAUCAUUGCCACUUUCAAUCACCUCCUUCUGUCUGCUUCAAUCAUCUUCUCAUGUCUCCUUCAAUCGUUUCCACCUGUCUCCUUCAAGCAUCAUUGUCACUUUCAAUCUUCUCCCUUCUGUCUGCUUCAUCAUCAUCAUCUCCUGUUUCCACCUCCUUCAAUCAUUUCUUUCCCUCCUUCUCCUUCAAUCUCAUCGCCUGUCUCCUUCAAUCAUUUUGUCAUUUCAUUUCAAACGCCUCCUUCUGUCUGCUUCUGUCUCCUUCUGCUUCCAAUCAUCUUCUCUGUCUCCUUCUUCUCUGUUUCAAUCAUGUCUCCUUCAAGCAUCAUUGUCACUUUCCUAUCGCCUCCUUCUGUCUGCUUCAAUCAUCAUCUCCUGCCUCCUUCCCAAUCGUUUCGUUUCCAGCAUCAUUGUCUUUUCAAUCGCUUCCCUUCCAAGCAUCAUUCUCUAUCUCCUUCAAUCGUUCCCACCUGGAAUCCUUCAAGCAUCUGUCUUGCAUCAAUCAUCUUCUCCUGUCUCCUUCAAUCGUUUCCACCUGUCUCAUUCAAGCACCAUUGUCACUUUCAAUCGCCUCCUUCCAUCUUAGCUUUAAUCAUCUUCUCCUGUCUCCUUCCAAUCGUUUCCACCUGUCUCCUUCAAGCAUCAUUGUCACUUUCAAUCGCCUCCUUCUGUCUUGCUUCAUCAUCUCAUCUCCUGUCUCCUUCAAUCAUUUCCACCUGUCUCCUUCAAGCAUCAUUAUCAUCACUUUCAUCGCCUCCUUCCUUCCAAUCAUCUUCUCUCAUCAUCAUUCUGCUUCCAGUCUCAUCAUCUGUCUCCUUCCUUCCACCUGUCCUUCAAGCAUCAUUAUCUGUCAUCAUCCUUCUGUCUCCUUCAAUCCUUUUCUUUCACCUGUCUCCUUCAAGCAUCAUUCACUUUCUGUCAUCAUCAUCUCGUCGUUCAAUCAUUUCCACCUAUUCCUUCAAGCAUCAUUGCUUUCAAAUCAAUCAUCUAUAUCUCCUUCAAUCGUUUCCACCUGUCUCCUUCAAACAUCAUUGUCACUUUCAAUCACCUCCUUCUGUCUGCUUCAAUCAUCUUCUCCUGUCUCCUUCAAUCGUUUCCCACCUGUCAUCUCCUUCAAGCAUCAUUGUCCAUUUAAAUCGUUUCCCCUGAAUCCUUCAAGCAUCAUUGUCACUUUCAAUCGUUCCUUCUGUCUCCUUCAAUCAUCUUCUUUCCCAACCUUUCUCCUUCAAGCACCAUUGUCACUUUCAAUCGCCUUCUGUCUUAGCAAUCAUCUUCCAUCUCCAAUCGUUUCUCUCCUUCCAAUCGUUUCCCACCUGUCUCCUUCAAGCAUCAUUAUCUCUGUCUCUUUCAAUCGUUUCCACCUGUCUCCUUCAACCAUUAUUAUCUGUGCUUUCAAUCAAUCAUCUCCUCAUCAUUAUCUGUCACUUCCAUUCGCCUCUUCCCCUUCAAUCAUCUUCCUGCUUCAAUCUUUCAUCAUCUCCUGUCUUCUUCCAAUUGUCAUUUCCACUCCUUUCUGUCUCCUUCAAUCAUCUCCUUGUCAAUCAUUUCAAUCCUUCGCAUCUCCUUCUCGUCUUCUCUGCUUCAUCAUCAUCCCUGUCUCCUUCAAUCGUUUCCACCUAGAUCCUUCAAGCAUCAUUCUGUCACUUUCGUCCUUGCUCCUUCUGUCUUGCUUCAAUCAUCUUCUCCUGUCUCCUUCAAUCGUUUACCUGUCUCCUUCAAGCAUCAUUGUCACUUUCAAUCGCCUCCCUUCUGUCUGCUUCAAAUCAUCUUCUCCUGUCUCCUUCAAUCUUUCCACCUGUCUCCUUCAAGCAUCAUUGUCUUUCAAUGUCUUCUCUUUAGCUAAUCAUCAUCAAUCUCGUUUCCACCUGUCCCUUCAUUGCCUCUGUCACUUUCAAUCAUCAUUUCUGUCUCCUUCAAUCUUUCCACCUGUCUCCUUCAAGCAUCAUUAUCUGUUGUCACUUCACCUUCAAUCAUCGCCUCCUCAGAUCUCCACCUGUCUCCUUCAGCACAAUCAUUUUCUCCUCCUUCUCCUUCAUCAUCGUUCAAUCAUUUCCACCUGUCUCCUUCAUGCAUCAUUGUCACUUCCAAACGCCUCCUUCUCCUCCAUCUUUUCAUCUCCUGUCUUCAAUCGUUUCCCUCCUUCUGUCUGCUUCAAUCAUCAUCUCCAAUGUCUCCUUCCAAUCGUUUCCCACCUAGAUCCUUCAAGCAUCUCCUUUCAAAGCAUCAUCAUCUGUCUCUUUCAAUCUUUCCACCUGUCUCCUUCAAUCAUCAUCUCACCUCCUUCUGUCCUUCAAUCAUGUUUCCUUCAAUCAUUUCCCUGUCUCAAGCAUCAUUGUCUGUCUUUCAAUCGCCCCACUUCCUUCUGUCAUCUCUGUCUCCUUCAAUCAUUUCCACCUAGAUCUUUCAGCAUCAUGUCUUUGCCUCUCUGUCUGCUAAUCAUUUCCACCUGUCUCAUUCAAAGCUGUUCAUCUUUUCAGUCUGCUUCAAUCGUCUCCUCAAUCUUCACCUGUCUCCUUCAAGCAUCAUCUCACUUUCAUCCUCCUUCAAUCAUUUCCACCUGUCUCCUUCUAUAUAUUCAAGCAUCAUUGUCACUUUUCAAUCACUCCUUCUGUCUGCUUCAAUCAUCUCUCUGUCUCCUUCAAUCUUUCCACCUGUCUCCUUCAAGCAUCAUUGUCACUUUCAAUCGCCUCCUUCUGUCUGCUUCCAAUCAUCAUCUCCUGUCUCGUUCAAUCGUUUCCACCUGUCUCCUUCAAGCAUCAUUAUCACUUUCAAUCUCCUUCUCCUUCUGCUUCAAUCUUCUUCAAUCAAUCGUUUCUCCUGUCUCCCUUCAUCUGUCGUUUCCAUCCUCCUUUGCUUCCUUUAGUGUCUGUCUCCUGUCUCCUUCAAUCAAUCUGCCUCCUUCUCCUUCUGCUUCAAUCAUCAUCUCUGUCUCGUUCAAUCGUUUCCACCUGUCUCCUUCAAGCAUCAUUAUUGUCACUUUCAAUCGCCUCCUUCUGUGUCUGCAAUCAUCUUAUUCUCCUGUCUCCUUCAAUCAUUUCCACCUAUUCUCAUUCAAGCAUCAUUGUCUUUCAAUCGCCUCCUUCUGUCUCUUAAUCUUACGUCUCCUGUCUCAUUCAAUCGUUUCCCUGAAUCUUUCAAGCACAUUGUCACUUUCAAUCGUCUCCUUCUGUCUCUUCAAUCAUCAUCUCCUGUCUCCUUCAAUCUUUUCCCUUGUCUCCUUUAAACAUCAUUUAUCUAUCACUUUCAUUUCUCCUCCUUCUGUCGCUGUCAUCCUCUCCUGUCUCCUUCAAUCGUUUCCCUGUCUCCUUCAAACACCAUUGUCACUUUCAAUCGUCUCCUUCUGUCUGCUUCAAUCAUCAUCAUCUGUCCUUCAAUCGUUUCCACCUGUCUCCUUCAAACAUCACCAUUGUCACUUUCAUUUCGCCUCCUUCUUCUGUCUUCAAUCAUCCUCUCCUGUCUCUUCAAUCGUUUCCACCUGUCUCUUCAAGCAUCAUUAUCUGUCACUUUCAAUCGCCCCUUCUGUCUGCUUCAAUCAUCCUUCUGUCUCCUUCAAUCGUUUCCACUGUCUCCUUCAGCAUCAUUAUCAUCACUUUCAAUCGCUUUCCUUCUGUCUGAUUCAAUCAUCUUCUCUGUCUCCUUCAAUCGUUUCCACCUGUCUCCUUCAAGCAUCAUUAUCUGUCACUUUCACUCCUUCUGUCUCUUCAAUCCUUCUCCUUGAAUCUUUCACCUGUCCCUUCAAUCAUCUUCAAUCAUCUCCUGUCUCCUUCAAUCGUUUCCCACCUGUCUCCUUCAAGCAUCAUUAUCUGUCAAUCAAUCGCCUCCCUUCUGUCUGCUUCAAUCAUCAUCUCCUCUCUCCUUCAAUCGUUUCCACCUGUCUCCUUCAAGCAUCAUUAUCUGUCUUUCAAUCGCCACUCCUUCUGUCUGCUUCAAUCAUCUUCUCCUGUCUCCUUCCAAUCAUUUCCACCUGUCUCCUUCAAGCAUCAUUGUACUUUCAAUCGCCUCCUUCUGUCUUCUUCAAUCUUCUCCUGUCUCCUUCUAUCUUUUCCACCUGUCUCUUCAAGCAUCAUUGUCCGCUUAAAUCGACUCCCCUUCUGUCUGCUUUAAUCAUCAUUUCCUGUCUCAUUCAAUCGUUUCCUGAAUCCUUCAAGCAUGUAUUAUCUGUCCUUUCUUCCUUUCUUCUCAUCUUCUCCUGUCUCCCCAAUCGUUUCCACCUGUCUCCUUCAAUCGUUUCUACAUUGUCACUUUCAAUCGCCUCCUUGUCUUUCAAUCGCCUCCUUCUGUCUGCUUCAAUCAUCAUCUUCAAUCAUUCCACCUGUCUCCUUCCUCUGUCAUUUCAAUCAUCAUCUGUCUCCCUGUCUCCUUCCAAUCAUCAUUAUCUGUCUCCUUCAAUCGCCUCCCUUCUCCUUCAAUCAUCAUUCCUGUCUUCUCGUUUCCUGUCUUCAUUGUCACUUGUCAUCCUUCUGUCUGCUUCAAUCAUCUCUCCUUCACCUGUCUCCUUCAAGCAUCAUUCUGUCGUCGCCUUUCAAUCCCUUCCUUCUGUCUCCUUCAAUCAUCAUUCUCCUGUCUCCUCCUUCAAUCAUUUCCACCUGUCUCCCUGCAUUUCUCCUUCCAAACGCCUCCUUCUAACCUCAUUUCAAUCAUCUUCUUCUGUCUCCUUCAAUCGUUUCCACCUGUCUCCUUCAUUGCAUUAUCUGUCUCCUUUCAAUCGCCUCCUUCUGUCUUCUUCAAUCAUCAUCUCUGUUUCCUUCAAUCCUUCAAGCAUCAUUAUCUGUCACUUUCAAUCGCCUCCUUCUGUCUGCUUCAUCAUCUUCUCCUCUAAUCAUCUUCUCCAACUCUCCUUCAAUCAUUUUCCCACCUGUCUCCCUUCCAAGCAUCAUUAUCCCUCAAUCUUCCUCCCUUCUGUCUGCUUCAAAAUCAUCAUCUCCUGUCUCCUUCAAUCGUUUCCACCUGUCUCCUUAAGCGUCAUUAUACUUUCACUUUCACUCCUACAUACUGCUUCAAUCUCCUUCUCCUUGUCAUUUCCCCUGUCUCCUUCUCAAGCAUCAUUGUCACUUUCAAUCUCCCUUCUGUCUGCUUCCCAAUCUUCAUCUCCUGUCUCCUUCAAUCGUUUCCCUGUCUCCUUCAAGCAUCUUUUUCUUUCAAUCCUUCCUCCUUCUGUCUGCUUCAAUCAUCAUCUCCUCUCCUUCAAUCGUUUCCACCUGUCUCCUUCAAGCAUCAUUAUCAUCUUUCAAUCUCCUCCUUCUGUCUCCUUUAAUCAUCUCUCCAAUCCUUCAAUCAUCUUCUCCUGUCUCCUUUCAAUCCUUUCUACCUGUCUCCUUCAAGCAUCAUUGUCACUUUCAAUCGCCUCCUUCUGUCUGCUUCAAUCUCUUUCUGUCUCCUUCAAUCGUUUCCCCCUGAAUCCUUCAAGCAUCAUUGUCUGUCACUUUCAAUCCCUCCUUUGUCUUAGCUUCAAUCAUCUUCUCCUGUCUCCUUCAAUCAUUUCCACCUGUCUCCUUCAAGCAUCAUUAUCUGUCACUUUUCAAUCUCCUCCCUUCAAGCAUCAUUGUCCUUUCAAUCGCCAUCUUCUGUCUUUAAUCAUCUUCAAUCGUUUCACCUGUCUCCUUCAAUCAUUAUUCCCCUGUCUCCUUCCCCAUCAAGUCUUCUUCAAUCAUUAUCUUAUUGUCACUUUCAAUCGCCUCCUUCUGUCUGCUUCAAUCAUCUUCUAUCUAUAUUCAAUCAUUUCCACCUGUCUCCUUCAAGCACUUUCAAUUUUUCACUUCAAUCAAUCUCCUCCUUUCCACCUGUUCUAUCAUCUUCCUCCUUCUGUCUCCUUCAAUCAUUUUCAAUCGUUUCCACCUGCUCUCCUUCAAGCAUCAUCAUCUGUCUCUUUCAAUCUCCCCCUUCUGUCUGCUUCAAUCAUCAUCUCCUGUCUCCUUCAAUCGUUUUCCCCUGUCUCCUUCAAGCAUGUUGUGCUUCAUCCUUUAUCUGUCAUCAUCUUUCAAUCGCCUCCUUCUGCUUUCAAUCUGCUUCAAUCAUCUUCUCCUGUCUCUUCAAUCGUUUCCACCUGUCUCCUUCAAGCAUCAUUGUCACUUUCAAUCCCAAUCAUCUUCUCCCUGUCUCCUUCAAUCGUUCCAAUCAAGCAUCAUUGUCACUUUCAAUCGCCUCCUUCUCUGCUUCAAUCAUCAUCUCCUGUCUCCUUCAAUCUUUCCCCUGUCUCCUUCAGCAUCAUUGUCACUUUCAAUCGCCUCCUUCUGUCUGCUUCAAUCAUAUUCUCCUGUCUCGUUAAUCAUUUCCACCUGUCUCCUUCAAGCGUCAUUAUCUGUCAAUCGCCUCCUUCUGUCUGCUUCAAUCAUCAUCUCUGUCUCGUUCAAUCGUUUCCCACCUGUCUCCUUCAAGCACCAAUCCUCCUUCUGUCACUUCAAGCAUCAUCUUGUUCACUCAGCAUCCUGCUUCAAUCAUCAUCUCUGUCUCGUUCCUUCCCACCUGUCUCUUCAAUCAUCAUUGUCCUGUCUUCUGCUUCAAUCAUCAUCUUCUCCACCUGUCUCCCUUCAAGCAUCAUUAUCUGUCUUUCAAUCGUCUCCUCAUCUUUUCUGUCUCCUUCAAUCAUCUUCUCCUUUCAAUCACUCCUUCAAUCAUUUCAUCACCUGUCUCCUUCAAUCGUUUCAUUGUCUCCUUUCAAUCGUCACUCCUUCGCCCCUUCUCUUCAAUCAUCAUCUCUGUCUCCUUCAAUCGUUUCCACCUGUCUCCUUCAAGCAUCAUUGUCACUUUCAAUCUGUCGCCUCCUUCUGUCUUGCUUCAAUCCCUGUCUCCUUCCUGUCUCCUUCAAUCUGCUUUCCAUCCUGUCUCCUUCAAUCGUUUCCCCUGUCUCCUUCCAUCAUUUGUCACUUUCAAUCGCCUCCUUCUGUCGCCUUCAAUCAUCAUCUCCUGUCUCCUUCAAUCGUUUCCCCUGUCUCCUUCAAGCAUCAUUAUCUGUCACUCGCCUCCUUCUGUCUUCAAUCAUCAUCUCCUGUCUCCUUCAAUCAUUCCCACCUGAAUCAGCAAGCAUCAUUGUCACUAUCAAUCGAUUUCCUUCUGUCUGCUUCCUCAUCUCCUGUCUCGUCUUUUUCCACCUGUCUCCUUCCAAGCAUCAUUAUCACUUUCAAUCGCCUCCUUCUGUCUGCUUCAAUCAUCCUCUCCUGUCUCCUUCAAUCAUUUCCACCUGUCUCCUUCAAAGCAUAAUUGUCCUUUCAAUCUUUCUGUCUGCUUCUCAUCAUUUCAAUCGCCUCCUUCUGUUAUCGUUUCCUGUCUCCUUAAGCAUCGCCUCCUUCUGCCGACUUCUGCUUCAAUCAUCUUCUCCUGUCUCCUUCAAUCGUUUCCCACCUGUCUCCUCCAAGCAUCAUUGUCACUUUCAAUCGCCUCCUUCUGUCUGCUUCAAUCAUCUUCUCUGUCUCAAUCUUACCUGUCUCCUUCAAUCAUUUCCCAUUCGUCUCCUUCCAAUCAUCCAUUGUCUCCUUCAAUCAUUUUCAAUCAUUAUCUGUCACUUUCAAUCGCCUCAUCUGAUAAUGUCUCUGUCUUCAAACGUUUCCCACCUCUCCUUCCUCUCUGUCUCCUUUCAUCCUUCAUUUGAAUCAUGUCCUGUCUCCUUCAAGCAUCAUUCUGUCACUUUCAAUGCCCCUCCUUCUGUCUGCCCCAAUGUCAUCUUGUCUCCUUCAAUCGUUCCCCCUGUCUCCUUCAAGCAUCAUUAUUGUCACUUCAGCUUCUUUCAAAUCUCCUGUCUCCUCCUUCUGUCUCCUUCCAUUCAUCUCAUCUCCUGUCUCCUUCAAUCAUUCCACCCUGUCUCCUUCAAGCAUCCAUUGUCUUCUUUCAAUAUCCUCCUUCUCUUUUCUAUUCCCUUCUGUCUUCUCAUCAUCUCUUCUCCUUCAAUCGUUUCCACCUGUCUCCUUCAAGCAUCAUUGUCACUUUCAAUCACCUCCUUCCUGUCUGCAUCAAUCAUCAUCUCUGUCUCCUUCAAUCAUUUCCUGUCUCCUUCAAAGCAUCAUUUCACUUUCAAACGCCUCCUUCUGUCUGCUUCAAUCAUCUUCUCCUGUCUCCUUCAAUCGUUUCCACCUGUCCCUGUCUUUGUCACUUUCAAUCAUUCUUCUGUCUGCUUUCAUCAUCUCCGCCUCCUUCUUUCCACUGAAUCCUUCAAGCAUCAUCAUCUCUGUCUCCAUUAUCAUCAUCUAUCCCUUUUCCCCUGUCUCCUUCAAGCAUCAUUAUCUGUCACUUUAAUCGCCUUCUUCUGUCUUCAAUCAUCUUCUCCUGUCUCCUUCAAUCGUUUCCACCUGUCUCCUUCAAGCAUCUUUGUCACUUUCAAUCGUCUCCUUCUGUGCUUCAAUCAUCAUCAUCUGUCUCCUUCAAGUGUUUCCCUGUCUCCUUCAAGCAUCAUUUGUCAUCUUUCAAUCGCCUCCUUCUCUCUGCUUCAAUCAUCAUCUCCUGUCUCCUUCAAUCAUUUCCACCUGUCUCCUUCAAGCAUCAUUGUCACUUUCAAUCCUUUCUUCUCCUUCUCAUCAUUUCUGUCCUCAAUCCUUCUGUCUGCUUCAAUCAUAUUCUCCUGUCUCCUUCAAUCGUUUCCCACCCUGUCUCCCUUGUCACUUUCAAUCGCAUCAUUAUCUGUCACUUUCAAUCUGUCUCCUUUCUGUCUCCUUCAAUCAUCUUCUCUCAUCUCCUUCAAUCAUUUUUCACCUGUCUCCUUCAAGCAUCAUUGUCACUUUCAAUCUUGCUCCUUCUGUCUGCUUCAAUCAUCAUCUCCUCAAACGUUUCCCUGCAAGCAUCAUUGUCUCCUUCUGUCUCCAAUCAUCAUUGUCUCACUCCAAUCUAAGCAUCAUUGUCGCUUUCAAGCAAUCAUCAUCUCUUUCAAUCUUUCCACCUGUCUCCUUCAAUCAUUAUCUUCAAACGCCUCCUUGUCCUUCAAUCUCAUCUCCUGUCUCCUUCAAUCGUUUUCCACCUGUCUCCUUCAAGCAUCAUUGUCCUUUCAAUCGCCUCCUUCUGUCUGCUUCAAUCAUCAUCUCUUUCUCCUUCAAUCAUCUGUUUCCACCUGUCUCUCCUUCAAAGCAUCAUUUGUCCUUUCAAUCCUUCCGUUUCACCCUGUCUCCUUCAAGCAUCAUUGUCAAUUCAAUCCUUCUGUCUGCUCGGCAUCCUGUCUCCUUCAAUCUUUUUCCUUCUGUCUCCUUCUAAUCAUCAUUUGUCACUUUCUUCCAAGCAUCCUUCUUCAUCUUAGCCCAAUCAUCAUCAUCUGUCUCCUUCAAUCUUUUCCACCUGUCUCCUUAAGCAUCACUAUCUGUCACUUUCAAUCGCCUCCUUCUGUCUGCUUCAAUCAUCAUCUCCUCAUCAUUAUCUGUCACCCCUUCUGUCUUUCAAUCCAUCUCCUUCAAUCGUUCCCACCUAAUCUCUGCUUCAAUCAUCAUCUCCUGCUUCAUCCCUGUUCAAUCGUUUCCCUGAAUCCUUCAAGCAUCAUCAUCUGUCACUUUCAAUCGCCUCCUUCUGUCUGCUUCAAUCAUCUUCUCAUGUCUCCUUCGAUCUUUUCACCUGUCUCCUUCAAUCAUCAUUGUCACUUUCAAUCGCCUCCUUCUCUGUUUCAAUCAUCAUCUCCUGUCUCCUUCAAUCGUUUCCACCCUGUCUCCUUCAAUCAUUUCCCUUCUAUCGUCUCCAUCAUCACCUGUCCUUCAAUCGUUUCCACUCAUCAUUGUCACUUUCAAUCGCCUGCCUCAUCAUCUCCCUGUCUUCAAUCAUCUUCUGUCUCCUUCAAUCAUUUCCACUUUCUCCUUCAAGCAUCAAUCUCAUCUCAUCGUUCAAUCGUUUCCUUCUGUCUGCUUCAAGCAUCAUUGACAUCAUCAAUCUGUCUCUUUGAGAAUCAUCAUCCUGUCUCGUCCCGUUUCCCUGUCUCCUUCAAGCAUCAUUGUUUCUCUAAUUCAAUCAUCAUCAUCUUUCAAUCAAGCAUCCUCCUUCUGUCUGCUUCAAUCAUCAUCUCCUGUCUCCUUCAAUCGUUUCCACCUGUCUCCUUCAAGCAUCAUUUUUUAAUCGCCUCCUUCUGUCUGCUUCAAUCAUCCUGUCUCCUUCAAUUCUCAUCAUUUCAAUCGUCUCCAAUCCAUCUCUGUCUUCAAUCGUUUCCACCUGAAUCCUUCAAGCAUCAUUGUCACUUUCAAUCCUCCUUCUCUGUUCCAAUCAUCAUCUCUGUCUCCUUCAAUCGUUUCCCUGUCUCCUUCAAGCAUCAUUUUCACUUUCAAUCGCCUCCCUUCUGUCACUUCAAUCAUCAUCUCCUGUCUCCUUCAAUCGUUUCCCCACCUGUCUCCUUCAAUCAUCAUUUUCAUUUCCUUCUGUCAUUCAAUCUAUCUUCUCCUCAUCAUUGUCACUUUCAAUCGCCUCCUUCUGUCUGCUUCAAUCAUCAUCUCCUGUCUCUUUCAAUCGUUUCCACCUGUCUCCUUCAAGCAUCAUUGUCACUUUCAAUCGCCUCCUUCUGUCUUGUCAAUCUCUUCCUGUCUCCUUCCAAUCGUUUCCACCUGUCUCCUUCAAGCACCAUUGUCACUUUCAAUCUUCCUUUCUGUCUGCUUCAAUCAUCUUCUGUCUCGUUCAAUCAUUUCCACCUAUCUCCUUCAAGCAUAUCUGUCACUUUCAAUCCUCCCUGUCUUCUUCCCAAUGUCAUCUCCUGUCUCCUUCAAUCGUUUCCAUCUCUCUCUUCAAGCAUUCAUUGUCGCUUUCAAUUCCUACUUCUAUGCUUUCAAUCAUCUUCUCCUGUCUCCUUCAAUCGUUUCCUGCUUCCUUCAAUCAUUUCUUUGUCUCCUUCUGUCAUUGUCACUUUCAAUCCUUUAUCCUUCUGUCUUCAAUCAUCAUCUCUGUCUCUUCGUCGUUUCCCACCUGUCUCCUUCAAUUGUCUUUUCUUUCGUCCUUUCCUUCCUCUGCUUCAAUCAUCUUCUCCUGUCUCCUUCAAUCGUUUCCCACCUGUCUCCUUCAAGCAUCAUUAUCUGUCACUUUCAUUCUUUUCAAUCGCCUCAUCUUCUGUCUCCUUAAGCUUCAAUCAUCAUCUCCUGUCUCCUUCAAUCGUUUUACUGUCUCCUUCAAGCAUCAUUGUCACUUUUCUGCUUUCCAAUCAUCCUUCUGUCUCCUUCAAUCAUUCAUCUCCAUCAUUGUCCUUUCAAUCGCCCUCCUUCCAUCCUGUCUCCUUUAAUCAUCACAUUAUCUGUCACUUUCAAUCGCCUCCUUCUGUCUGUUUCAAUCAUCAUCUCCUGUCUCCUUCAAUCGUUUCCACCUGUCUCAACCCAAGCAUCAUUAUCUGUCACUUUCAAUCGUUUCCUCCUUCAAUCUGUCUUAGCUUCAAUCAAUCUGUCUCUUCAAUCAUCCUGUCUCCUUCAAUCUGUCUCCUUCAAGCAUCAUUUCACUUUCAAUCGCCUCCUUCUGUCUGCUUUCAAUCAUCAUCUCCUGUCUCCUUCAAUCGUUUCACCUGUCUCCUUUCAUUAUUGUCACUUUCAAUCAUCUGCUUCAAUCAUCAUCUCCUGUCUCCUUCAAUCGUUUCCACCUGUCUCUUUCAAGCAUCAUUGUCACUUUCAAUCGCCUCCUUCUGUCUGCUUCAAUCAUCAUCUCCUGUCUCCUUCAAUCGUUUCCACCUGUCUCCUUCAAUCAUCAUUGUCAUUCUUUCAAUCGCCUCGCUUCUGUCUCCUUCAAUCAUCACCUCAAUCAUUUCUAUUCAAGCAUCAUUAUUGUCACUUUCAAUCGCCUCCUUCUGUAAACAGGUUUUAAUCAUCUUCUCCUGUCUCCUUCAAUCGUUUCCCACCUGUCUCCUUCAAGCAUCAUUGUCACUUUCAAUCGCCUCCUUCUGUCUGCUUCAAUCAUCUUCUCCUGUCUCCUUUAAUCGUUUCUACCUGUCUCCUUCAAGCAAGCACUUUCAUUGUCAUCGUUUCUGUCUCAAUCUUUUCCUCCUUCUGUCAUUGCUUUCCAUCAUCAUCUGUCUCCUUCAAUCGUUUCCACCUGUCUCCUUCAAGCAUCAUUGUCAGUUUUCAAUCUCCCUCCUUCAUCUGCUCCUGCUUCAAUCAUUCUUCCUGUCUUUUCCUUCAAUCGUUUCCAUCUCCUGUCUCCUUCAACCUGCAUCUCAUUCGUCACUUUCAAUCGCCCCUUCUGUCUGCUUCAAUCAUCAUCUCUGCUCCUUCAAUCAUUUCCACCUGUCUCCUUCAAGCAUCCUUGUCGUUUCUGUCACUUCUUAA